AUGUCCAGCAAGGUGACCGUUGGCAGUGACAUUGGGCAAGCCCGCCGGGCCGUGGAGCAGCUGCGGAUGGAGGCCAGCAUUGACCGCGUGAAGGUAUCCAAGGCAGCUGCCGACCUGCUGCAGUUCUGCACAGAGCAGGCCAAGAGCGACCCCUUUCUCGUGGGCAUCCCGGCAGCCACCAACCCCUUCAAGGAGAAGAAGCCCUGUGCCAUUCUCUGA